AAAGAGCCAAAAGAACACUUCCUGUUGAUGCAAAAAUUGCAGCAGCAACUGUCUGACACAUCUGGACUGGAGAGGGGGGGAGGCCUGGCUGUGGCUGUUAGCGAACUCCGAAAGGGAAUGGACAACGUUUCGUGUUAAUCUGCAGCACGUUUUGAUGCCAGUCCGCCAGCUACAAGAAAUAACUGCAAACACCAAUGAAGAAGAAGCCGGUGGUUGACAAACUGGAGAAACGCAUCCAAGAAAUGGACGACGGCAGCUACAUCGAGUUUGAUGUGCCGGAGUUCAGCAACACUGUUUUGACUCAACUCAAUGAGUUGCGACUGCAGGGCAAGUUAUGUGACAUCAUUGUUCACAUUCAGGGUCAGCCAUUUCGCGCCCACAAGGCUGUGCUGGCAGCCAGCUCACCCUAUUUCCGUGACCACUCGGCUCUCAGCACCAUGAGUGGCCUCUCCAUCUCAGUCAUCAAAAGCCCUGAGGUGUUUGAGCAGCUUCUUGCAUUCUGCUACACAGGUCACAUGUCCCUACAGCUAAAGGAUAUUAUCAGUUUCCUCACCGCUGCUAGCUUUCUGCAGAUGCAGGUAAUUAUUGACAAGUGCACCCAAAUUCUUGAGAGCAUUCACUCCAAAAUCAGCCUCCCGGUUAAUGCCUGCAGCCCAGAGAAGGAUGACUCGCAGACGAGUCGCAAUGGGGUCAAUGACAGCAAUCUCUUUGUCAACCCUACCCAGAUCUCCCCCCCUUACUACUCCCGUCAGAGUCAUACAGGACACGAAGCACGCUUGGAUCUUGCAGGAAAAGGCCUGGGCCGUGGGCGACAGCUGCAAGAAGAAGGACAGUCAGAUCGUGGCAGCACUGACAGUGUGUCAGAGCAUGAUACUCCCAUGGAAGGCGAAAUGGAGCAAGUGGAACUCAUUGGAAAAGAUGGGCAAGUAACAGAUGUCCAUGUGAAGGUCGAGAAAACAGAGAGGCCUACCUACUCUGAUAGUUCCUCAGCAGGUGAUGAUGGUUACCACACAGAGUUGGUAGAUGGAGAGCAAGUUUUGGCUGUUAGUGUAGGUUCUUAUGGUCCAGUUAUCCAGUCUGCUGCCUACUCGUACUCAGGGCUGUCUUCCCCGUGCUUUGUCAACCUCAGCAACUCCAGUCCAUCCCGUUCCAUCCUUAGUGGGUUCAGGGGAGGUAGAGCCAGGGCAAAGCGUCCUCUGGCCAUCCCAGCAGCGGUACUGAGUCACAUCAAACCAGGUUCAGAUGACACAGAGUCUGCUGUGGGACCCACCAUACUGGAGAACGAUGUGCGAGAGCGUAGUCUGAGAAGUCAGUGGUACCCGUACAACGAAAGACUCAUUUGUGUCUACUGUGGUAAGACCUUCAAUCAAAAAGGGAGCCUUGACCGUCACAUGCGCCUGCACAUGGGGAUCACCCCAUUUGUUUGUAAAUUCUGUGGCAAGAAGUAUACGAGGAAAGAUCAACUGGAGUACCACAUCCGUGGCCACACGGACAACAAGCCCUUCCACUGCCAGAUCUGUGGAAAAUGCUUCCCAUUUCAGGGCACCCUUAACCAGCACCUGAGGAAGAAGCACAUGGGAGCAACCGAGGGCAACAACCAUAUGGACUCUCCAGAGAGGGUGGACGGAGGCUCAGGUCAGAAAGACCAAGAGGAUACCGCUGAGGGGAUAGCCUAUGAGGCACAAUAUGCAGAAGAGGCACCAGCUGAUGAUAUAGAGGAGAGUUCCAAAUGCAGUCCAGAAGAAGCUCAAGCAUCCAGAUGUGAUUAUUAGGUCCUGCUUCAGGUUAAAGAAGCUUUAAGAAAUGUCUAUUUCAAAUCAAUGUUUUGUUUUUGUUUUUUUAAAUCCGCUUCCUCAACUAUUGACUUGACUUGCAUAAAGGGGUUCUGGUGUGGAAAGCUAGGUGUGAAAUUCAGAGGCAAGGCUUUGUAGAAUUGGAUUUCUUUCAAGCAAAGGGAGUUACAUCGGGAGCUACAUCUUACUAUUUUUGCGGUGGUCCCAAUAAUCAAGACCCCCUUAGAUGAUUUCUCUUUAUAUCUUUCCAUGUUUUAAAAACAUAUUUACAGAAUUAUAUAGGCAUGUUGCAAUAAUUGAAAAUGUGAAAACUCUGGUAAGAUGCUUGUCAUAUCACCUUUUUACCUGACCUGUUUUUGCACAUACGGCCACAGGAGGUCACUCACUCACUAGGAAUGAUCUUUUUUUUGUUUUUCAAAGGUUUGUGUGGCAUAUCUGUUCAAUACCUCAUAACACAACUACUUACUCAUAACAGACAGUAUUCUCACAUCAAUGGAACUUACUGGGUUCUACCUCAUAGCCAAGAACCUAUCGGGCACAGACAAGUUCACUGUUAGAAAUCCAUUUAUGUACAGUAUCUUUUGCCAAACCAUGUAUAGAAUAUUUUGUCAACAAAAAGCCUUGAUACACAGGGGAAAUAAUCCCUGUUGAUUGUAUGGAUAAGACUUGGUCAAAUGAGGAUUAGAAGGUGCUAUGUUUUUGGAAAUAAUAGAAAACAAAGACUAGAUGGCCGUGUAUACUUAAACAUAUGAUAUACGUUUACUGUGUUUUCCCCACAAAACACAGGAUUUUUACCUCAUCACUUAUACAGGUGGCGCUCUGUUGUGUACACCAUGGUUUUAGAUACUGUUGACUGUGAAAAGGAUCUCUUGAUCAAAUUCCUCCACAUUUGGAUGUCAAGAUUUACAUCAGAAUGUGUAACUUGUUUUGACCCGAGUUGGGUACGAUUGGCUAUAACUCAUUAUUCAUUAAAUGCAGUCGGAUAACUCUGGUUCUGUACAUCAAUGUACUAAUCUCAAUAAUAUGCAAAAAGCAACAAAGGAAUCUCAGCCAUUUUAACAUGGUUUUUCUUCCGUUAUUUUGAAAGGACUGUUGUCUUUUUUUCUCAAAUUUCAUGCUGUCCUACCUGCCGUCUUUGUUCUCUGCAUUGGUGAGAGUCAAAUAUAAAUGUAAAAUAUAAACUCAUUGACCAAGGUUGUUUGCAGUAGUCAAUACCACUCUGUGUUUGACUUGCGUGUGGCUCAAGCAAUCACUAUUGUUAAAGGUGGUGAAAGCAGGUGAUCCAAAGUAUUGAUGCACUUUGCAGAGUUUCAGGGUGGGAUUGGUGUUGUCCCAGUGAUACCCUGUGCUAAUCUCUGUUUUAAAUCUGAACCUGCAAUAUCAUAGUACUAGCCUCACAGCGGUUACUGCAUCAUGAUGAGACUCUGCAACCACAAGAUUACUUUUGGCUACAAAUCAUGCAUAGGACUUUGUUGUGUUUUAUCUGUAAUGGGGAUUGGGAAGUAGCUAGUAUAUUAGAGACUGUUUUAUUACCAUUGUGAUUUCAUCACUCAAUCCUAAUUAUUAAGUAGGCACUUAUAAGGCCUGAUUGAUGAUAUCUUUUUAUAUCUAUUUGGAGAUUUUAAGCUCAGCUGGGUGGUCUUUUUUUAUUUUUAUCAACAUUGUUAAUUUCCAUUAAAUUGAUUGAAUGCCUUUCUUAUGGUGCAAUUUUGCUGUAUGACAACGUGGUGUUUUGCCAGGUUACAUCAAGCAAGUCCUUAUCCCUCUUAAUGUACAACCUUCACAAUCUUUACUCAUUGCCAGUUGAGAAAGCUAAUCAAUUCUGGAGGAAAUUUGCAAGAAUCAUUUUGUUUUUUACUAUUAUUGUUAUAUAUCACAGUUUUGGUUAACCAGUCUUUCAACUUCACCAGUACUCUUUAAAUGAAUGUUUACCAAGGUUAGUUUAAAUUCAUUUCAUUUUUGUCAGUUGUUGGUUUAACAGCUCACCAGUCAUUAGUUGGCACACUAAUUUGAUUUUGCCAAUGAUGAUUCCAAGUGUGUAUUGUCUUGCAAGUUGCCCCGAAAUGAUUUGCAAAUGAAGGGUACAAACUGAUUAAACUCUUUUGUGCCAUAAGUUUACACCAAAGAUUAGCAGGUGAUUUUUAGCAGUACAUUUUGUCUGUAUUUCAUAAUUGAAUGCUUAUUAAGACAAAUUGGUUGUUCAUUAAGUUCAAGUUCAUUGCGAUUUGCAAGGAAUGUACCCUCCCAGCUUAAAACAAUCAUUUGUGUCCAAUCUGAUCAAUUUGUAAUGAAGAUGAAAUCGUAAUUAGCAACACUCAUUUAAGCCAUAAAUAGUUGAUAGUACAAAUGAUGUGCAAUAGUCAUUGUAAUUGUGUGACGCCAACAUAAACAAGAUAAUUCUUCACAACAAGUGGCAUUUAAACCUAGUGCCUUGCCACAAGCUUUCAAUUUUAGAGUUUGGCACUUAGAAUGAUGUGCCUCGUUUUUUUUGUUGUUGUUUUUUUUUUCCAAACAGGUUUAAUUGAUUAUAUUAUAAUGAAAUAUAGCCACAUCAUUUAUCGUAAAGUAGCACCAACAAGAAACGAUCGAUCUUCAUCCAUUUUGUACUUUUUUUCAUGUCCUACCCCCACCUUGAUCCCUUUUUAUCAAAUGAAAAAUGUUUUGUUCUUUGCUUCUGAUAUGUUUUUAUUGUCAUGGAAAAGACAGUUAUUAGGUAGCAAGUGAUUACAAUCAAUUGAGGCCAUCACCCUAUACUCAGACUGCGUAUUUUUUAUCCCUCGGCUUCAGCCGGUGAGGACAAUCCCAUCAAUGUGCCGUACAUUUUUGGUCUUUGAAUGAACAACGGAAGGAGAUGCAUGAAACGCGCAUAUCUGCUUCCCUCUCCUGCUCCACCAUUGGUGGGAGAGCAUCUGCUUGGGUAUUUAGUGUGCAUUUAAACAAAAAAAGCAUACCCUCAUAUACUGUAGUUGAAUUGCACGUUGCGCAACCACAAAAUUGUAUAAAAUUGCCAAUGCAUAAGUUUAAAACUUGAGUUAUUUAGAUUUUUUUGAUUGUGCACUUAAGUUUUUAUAGUACAUAACAAAUCCAUUUGGGAAGUCUGUAGGUAUCCAGCUAAAAUGGCCUCAGUUGCUGAAGCGAGGGUCUCUUCCCAUUAAAAGGUGCUUAUUUUAAUUGUAAGGUUUUGUUUUCUUAUCAAAUAAGUAUAUAAGUCUAUGUAUAGGUAAAUGGAGGGGGUAUUGUUGAAUUGCUUUUCAUGUAGCUAUAUUUACUUAAGUCAUAGUACACACACAGAGCCAACUGACUUUGACACUCACUCUAGUUGACUUUUUGUCAAUUCUUAGUUUGAUGCAGGAGAUGCAUUUUGGGCCACACGUCAUCAAAAGGAAGUGUUUACAGGGGGAAGCUGUCAGACUACUUUUUGAAAUUGCAGCUCAUCCUCUUUGUGUUAAACUCACUUCAGGUAGUUUACGAACACUGAUACAGGCUUAGAAAAAAGCUGAAGUCUUCCAUAGCUUUUUUUUUCCAGUUUCUGUCCACUGUGUAUAAGUAAAAAAAGCAAUAAACUUUUAUAAAAGUGGUGUAUUGGGAUCAUCAAGCAAAAUGAAAUUAUUGACCUGUCAUAGCAAACAAACUGAUUGCCAGGAAGAUUUUAAAUUUAAGUAGGAACAGGACAAUUUGAAAUUGAUUUAUUUUUAUUUACUGGACCUUUUUAGAAAGGUCACUAUACAUGAGAAAUAUGGUAAAAUGAUGACCAGGUGACCUAAAAGCUCAUGAAAAUCCAGUGGUAGUAAGUGAACCGCAACAGAAGAACUGAGCAUGUGGCUCAGUCAUCUACUCUGCAGUGGCUCGACACAGAGUUACACCUCCAGCUGUGUCAAAAUAAUGAAAGGGAUUUUUGGGCUGUAAAGCCACAUUCUGGGAGAGGGCUGUGUGUUGUCAUGUUCAGAUUUGGUGGACACUUCUGGCACCUCAGUUACAGAUAUUUGAGUUGUACUUGUUCAGGAUGAGAGAGGGGUUGAUCAACUCAACUCCUGAAACGCACUAUAAUGUCUCUGACUCACAUGUAUUUGGGGACAAGGCAAAAAACGUAGAACUCAGGGUGUAUAAUGUUCUCAUUUCCAAUGGUCUCAUUGGGCAUGCAUCCUAUGUCCACAAUCAUGCACUUCUCUUCAGGCGGGGAGACAAUUCCUCAAUCAGUGGUUUUCAUACAUUCUGCCUCAAGGACUCAAUGAGUCUGUAAUGUUCCCCAAAACUGAAGCUUGGCGUCCAGCUAAAGGCCACAAAAACUGAGGCUACGUUCACACUGCAGAUCAAUUCUGAUGUUUUGCUCUCAUUUGUACCAGCAUUCGUGGCUCCAACAUCCACCCAAACACGACUCAGAACAGACAUCGCAGCUCGGUCUCCACAAAUUUCCAUCACCCGAAGUCAUGAAAUGUAGACUCCCAUUGCACAAAAUCCUUGAAAUUGCUCAAAUUGAGGCAAUGUUUACUUCUGUAAACACCACAGAAGCAUGUGACUGUAUGAUUUUGCGCAUGUGUGUCACGUCCGGGAUACUUGGCGUUUACAUUGACAAGUCGCAAUUUUUUGUUUAAUGUGGACGACCACCUAAAAGAUCAGAUUUUAACCAAAAAUCUGAACUGGGCAUACCAUGCAGUGUGAACAUAGCCUAAGUCAUGACAGCACAUGUGCCCAAACUCCUGUUUUGUCCACUCUCCACACAACCUCACAACCCAACUGUGAACCUCAGAACUCUACUGUUUUGUACAACUAUGAAGUAAAUGAAGCUAGCUCGAGCUGUUGUUGUAUCUAUUGCCAUUUAUGAAUUUUCUUUUAUAGCAUGAAAUAAAGGUAUAUUUAUUCAAAUGAUAUAUUUUACUCAUAAUCACUCUGUGCAGCUUCAUUUUGGUUCUUAAGCUUGUAAAUUGCUUUUUUAUUAAAGAAAAAAUGUCAGUAGAAAAAUGCGUUUCUAAAAUAAAGACGCUGA